UCUUCAUCUUCAUCUUCAUCUUCAUCUUCAUCUUCAUCUUCAUCUUCAUCUUCAUCUUCAUCUUCAUCUUCAUCUUCAUCUUCAUCUUCAUCUUCAUCUUCAUCUUCAUCUUCAUCUUCAUCUUCAUCUUCAUCUUCAUCUUCAUCUUCAUCUUCAUCUUCAUCUUCAUCUUCAUCUUCAUCUUCAUCUUCAUCUUCAUCUUCAUCUUCAUCUUCAUCUUCAUCUUCAUCUUCAUCUUCAUCUUCAUCUUCAUCUUCAUCUUCAUCUUCAUCUUCAUCUUCAUCUUCAUCUUCAUCUUCAUCUUCAUCUACAUCUACAUCUACAUCUACAUCUACAUCUACAUCUACAUCUACAUCUACAUCUACAUCUACAUCUACAUCUACAUCUACAUCUACAUCUACAUCUACAUCUACA